CAAACUCAAACAAAUUAGUUGAUAGUUGAACAUCGACGCGUGCGCACGUCUGAUCUGUGACAGUAACGUUUGAAAAUGGAAGUGUUCACAACCGAAGACGGGAAAUACAGAAUAGAAUCACUGUCAGCUGCUACUUUCCCCGGUGCAUUAAGAGUCAUAAGGGAAGCAUUCUGCCAAGAUGAAUCAGUGUGUAUCGGUACUGAAGUGAACAAGAAUCCGGUUGCUGCAGAAGAGCUGUUAGAGCUAUGCGCAGACGCAGCCUUAGACGGUGUGUCUCUGGUCGCCGUCGCUAUUGACAGUGGAGAUGUCGUUGCUGCCUCUUUUAAUAAAUUGCAGGAAGCCACGUCAGAUUCAUCGGAGAAGCCAUUUUUUGAAAUAUUUGCCGAAGAGCGCUGCACUCAAUCAUCAUCACGAGCUCUAAUUGAAUGGAUGGCUGAAGUUGACGGCAGAUGCAAUUUUUUUGAAAAAUACAAUGUUGACUGCAGUCUUGAAAUAAUGUUCCUGGCGACACUACGUCAGCACAGGCAUAAUAAUCUUGGAAAGCUUUUAUGCAGACAAUCCAUCGAAUUAGCAAAGAAAUUAAAAGAUGGUCCCGUGGCACAGAUGACAGUACAAGACUUGGGUCCAAAUUAUGCCAAUAUGACGGCAAGAAAGCCAGUUGCGAAAGUACCGAAGAUCUGCCAAGCGCUGUGGACAGCAGAGCCUACACAGAAAAUAGGGAAGGUGUUAAACUUCAAUGUGGGUCUCCGUGUAUCUUUUGCUGAUUUCUUUUAUGAAGGAAAAUCUUACGCUGAAAGAAUAGGAAGAGAAGUUUUCGCUGAAGCUGCGGCGAUUAGUAUUGUUUGUAAAUACAGAGUUGAAUCUCUGUCGGCGACCACCUUCCCUGGAGUGGAAAAGUUAUUAACAGACCAUUUCUUUACCGAUGAGAACGUAUGUAUUGGAACAGAAGUAGACAAAAAUCCUUUAGCUGGGGAGGAGCAGUUAGAACUGAUUGCAGACGCGGCAUUAGACGGACUGUCAUUGGUGGCUGUUGAAAAUGAAACAGACGAAGUUGUUUCAGUAUUAAUCAAUAAAUUACAGGUGGCUCCGACAAAUUCUUCAGAAAAGAGCUUUUUUGAAGUAUUUGCAGAAGAGCGUUGCAAGCAACCGGAAUCGCGGGCCGUAGUGGACUUUAUGAUAGAUCUUGAUGCUAGGUGCAAUUAUUUCGAGAAGUAUGGUGUUGACUGCAGCAUCGAGUUAAUGUAUAUGGGAACCCAUCGGGAACACAGACGCAAAGGACUAGCCAAAUUGCUUGGUCAGACAACAUUGGAACUGGCAAAAAAAUACAGAGGAGGACCAUAUAAGAAAAUGACUGUAGAAGACUUGGGUCCAAAAUACGCUUUUAUAGCACCAAGAACACCAACCAGAAAGGACCCAAAAAUUUGCACAGGGUUGUGGUCAGCGCCCGGGUCUAAGAAAGUUGGUGAAGAUUUAGGAUUCGAAUUGUUAGUUGUUCUAGCUUCGGUUAACGCGAACGAAAACUGGCAUAACAAAAACGUUAAAAUGUGGCAUACGACUGAAGAUGGAAAAUACAGAGUCGAAUCACUUUCGGCUACUACUUUCCCUGGAGCUGAGAAAUUAUUAAAAUACCACUUAUUUCCCGAUGAAAACGUGUGUAUCAGUACAGGUGUAAACAAGAAUCCUCUAGCUGUAGAAGAGUUGUUAGAACUAGCAGCAGAAGCGGCAUUGGACGGAUUAUCAUUGGUAGCUGUUGAAAUUGAUACUGACGACGUUGUUGCAGUAUUAAUCAAUAAAUUACAGGUGGUUACAAUUGAUACUUCAGAAAAGAGUUUCUUCAAAAUAUUUGCUGAACAGCGAUGUAAACAACAGUCAUCGCGAGCGCUAGUGCAUUCAAUGGUAGAGCUUAACACCAGGUGCAAUUAUUUUGAGAAGUAUGGAGUUGACUGCGGUAUCGAGCUCAUGUACUUGGGAACCCAUAGUGCACACAGACGCAGAGGUCUAGGCAAAUUGCUGGGUCGAAUCACUUUAGAUCUGGCUAAAAAAUUAAGAGGGGGUCCAUAUGCAAAAAUGGCUAUUGAAGACUUAGGUCAAAAAUUCGCGUUUAUAGUACCAAGGCCACCAACCACAAAGGACCCCAAAAUUUGCAUGGCAUUGUUGACAGCGACUGCAACCCAGAAAAUUGGAAAAGAUUUAGGCUUUGAAGUUCUUCUCAAGGUUUCUUUAAAGGACUUUGUGUACGAUGGUAAACCGUACACUGAUAGAAUUGGAGCUGAAGUUUACUGUGAAGGAGCUGCAAGAAGAAUUGACAAAAUCCGUGCUUGUAUGUACAACUCCUGCCGGGGUAGCGGUAUUGAAAGGGUUACCGUGGCCCCGGUAUACGAAAGGCAAAGCAAAGAACAUGGAAAAAGAAAAAUGUGGCACAUUACUGAAGACGGUAAAUACAGAGUAGAGUCGAUUUCGGCUACAACUUUUAAUGGAGCUAUGAACUUAUUGAAAGAUCAUUUCAUUCCGGAUGAAAACGUGUGUAUUGGUACAGGAAUAAGCAAGAAUCCGUUAGCUGGAGAGGAUUUGUUAGAACUAGCAGCAGAUGCGGUAUUGAACGGAAUAUCAUUGGUAGCUAUCGAUAUUAAAACUGACGAAGUUGCUGCGGUAUUAAUAAAUAAAUUACAGGUGGAGCCUUCAGAUGCUUCAGAAAAGAGAUUCUUUGAAGCAUUUGUAAAAGAGCGUUGUAAACAACCGGAAUCGCUUGCCGCAGUAGAUUUUAUGAUAGAUGUUGAUUCUAAGUGUAAUUAUUUUGAGAAGUAUGGUGUUGACUGCGGUAUUGAACUAAUGUUUAUGGGAACUCACCGUCAACACAGACGUAAAGGACUAGCUAAAUUACUGGGUCAAAUAACUUCGGAACUGGCUAAAAAAUAUAGAGGAGGACCUUAUGGAAGGAUUACCGUUGAAGACCUUGGUCCUAAAUACGCAUUUUUAGUACCAGGUGCACCUAGUACCAAGGACCCUAAAAUUUUCACGUCAUUGUUGACAGCGACUGGAACCCAGAAAAUUGGAAAAGAUUUAGGCUUUGAAGUGAUGUUUACGGUUUAUCUGAAGGAUUAUAUAUUCGAUGGCAAAUCGUACACCGAAAGAAUUGGAUGUGACGCUUUUUGUGAAGGAGCUGCCAGAAGAAUUGACUAAAAAGUAUUGUAUGGUAGCAAUAUUUAUUAAUUGAAAUUAAAACAUAUUUUCUUUUAA